UUACUCUAGCUGCUGGCUUGCCGUUGGCUGGAUCUGCUGCACAACCUGUUUGUUGAUCGCUCUAUGUGGCUUAUUAACACCCCGAGUUUAUUAUAAGCCGGGUUGAUUUCUCAGGGGGCUUUAACCUCCCGUCGCCAAGAAGAGUUAGCUAAGUGUCAGACAGCAGACACAACAAUACAAUGAGUAUGUCCUAAGCUUGUAUUUGGCGACGGAAUUAAACAGAGAGGCUUUUCAAAUGUAGCUUGUUAGCUAGCUCCGUCGCGUACUGUGUACACAGCUUUUUUUGUUCUGCUCUUGAACAGCCUGUGCAUGACCAAUUAGUACAAGUGUUAAGUACAGAUAGGGCGCAAAAAACAGCGGCUGUUGUUUUUGAAAAACGUGUCAAGAAUAAUCCCUGGUUGUCAAACUCAGCCCCGGGGCUAACCCCCGGACGCCGACCGAAUUAAUGGCCGGAAAUCCGAGGAGGGGCGCCGGUCUCAUCGGCUUGAUGAAGGACGCCUUUCAGCCCAGCCAACAGCCUCCCCAGCCUCAUCAACCUGCGGUGGUCGAUAAGAAAAUGGUGGAGAAAUGCUGGAAACUCAUGGACAAGGUGGUGCGUUUGUGCCAGAACCCCAAGGUGGCAUUGAAGAACAGCCCACCCUACAUCCUGGACCUGCUUCCGGAUACCUACCAGCACCUACGCACCAUUCUGUCCCGAUACGAGGGCAAAAUAGAGAUCCUUGGGGAGAACGAGUAUUUUCGCGUGGUCAUGGAGAACUUGACCAACAAGACUAAGCAGACCAUGAGCCUUUUUAAGGAGGCCAAGGAGAGGAUGUAUGAGGAGAACUCCCAGCCCAGGCGAAACCUUACCAAGCUGUCUCUGAUCUUCAGUCACAUGCUAGCAGAGUUAAAAGCCAUCUUCCCCAAUGGCUUAUUUCAGGGCGACAACUUCAGGAUCACCAAAGCUGAUGCUGCCGAAUUUUGGAGAAGGUCAUUUGGGGACAAGACCAUAGUGCCAUGGAGGACAUUUCGUCAGGCUCUCCACGAGUUUCACCCUAUCAGCUCGGGCUUGGAGGCCAUGGCUCUCAAGUCCACCAUCGACCUCACCUGCAACGACUACAUCUCUGUCUUUGAAUUUGACAUCUUCACCAGGCUCUUCCAGCCAUGGUCGUCUCUUUUAAGGAACUGGAACAGUCUGGCAGUCACACAUCCUGGUUACAUGGCCUUCCUAACCUACGACGAGGUCAAGGCUCGACUGCACAGGUUCAUCCACAAACCUGGCAGCUACAUCUUCAGGCUGAGCUGCACUCGGCUGGGCCAGUGGGCAAUCGGCUACGUGACAGCUGAUGGGAACAUCCUGCAGACCAUCCCCCAUAACAAACCACUCUUCCAAGCCCUCAUUGAUGGAUACAGAGAGGGAUUCUAUCUGUUCCCAGAUGGUCGUGCACAGAACCCAGACCUAACAGGGCUGUGUGAACCUUCUCCACAGGACCACAUCAAAGUUACUCAGGAGCAGUAUGAGCUGUACUGUGAGAUGGGCUCCACUUUCCAGCUUUGUAAGAUCUGUGCAGAGAACGACAAGGAUGUGAAGAUCGAGCCCUGCAGACACCUGAUGUGCACCUCCUGUCUGACUGCCUGGCAGGAGUCGGAGGGUCAAGGCUGCCCAUUUUGCCGCUGUGAGAUUAAAGGCACAGAGCCCAUCGUAGUGGACCCCUUCCAUCCGAAGGCCAGCGGGGCUUCCUUUGCUGGUUUCCAGGGGUCCAGCAGAGCAGAAGCUGCCGGCAAUGACGAGGAAGAGGAUGAUCGCCUGGAGGACCAGCACCUUGUCAUGAGCCGGCUGGCCUGCACCAAGGUAAGGGUAGAGCGCCCACCGUCUCCAGUGUCUCAGCUGCCUCCAGUGCCCCCCCGACUGGACCUCUUGCAGCAGAGACCCUCCAGCUCCCACAGUGCACAGGGUCAGGGAGCCACAGCCAAGAUUCCAGCCACCCACAGAGACAAGCCUCUACCUCUGCCUCCAGCCCUGAGAGACCUGCCUCCUCCUCCCCCUCCGGAGCGCCCCUCCCUGGUCGGACAGGACUCCAGACUCCAGAGGAGACCCCUGCCUUCCACCCCCGACCAGUCUGCCUGGGCUUCCAACUACAUGGUCCCACGUCCAGUAGUCAAGGCCCUGUCAGCCCUGUCCUCCACCCCUCAGAGCAACGGAACCAGUGGAGAAGGAAGCAAACCCCAGGCAGCUACUAACGCUAUCUACUGCUUGGCUGCAAGAUCUGUGCCAGCGUCAGUGGUGUCGAGUGGGGAGAGGCUAUCUUCUGACGAUGAGGAGAAUGAGUACAUGAGUCCCACCUCUCUUCCAGCCUCUGGUGCCUCCUGGGUCAUAACAGGCUCUUUGGUGCCCCCACCACCAACCCAGGCAAACCAGCACAAUGACAUCAGCACUGAGGUGGUUGACAGUGAGUCUGAGGACCCCCAAGUCUACGAGUCCAUGUGUAAUAUCCAGGCCCAGGCUGGUUCCUCUGAGGCAGCACAGGCCCAUGACCUGGACCACCCUCAACAUUCAGCAGUGGUUCCCCAGGACAAGCAGGAGGAGACCAGUGUGGAGGAUGUUUACGAGUAUGACUGUCCCAGACCGGUCGUCCCUCCCGCCCCCACCAGAAGAACCCUGUCAGAAGUCAGCGGUCCCUCAGCUGCCUUCAACACUCUUAGCAUAGAUGGUGCAGUAGAAGCCAGUAUAUUUGCAGCAGGUGUCGACCCUGAACGUCCCCCCAAACCUCUCCCACGGCGAGCCAACUCAGACCGACGGCCUCGCCCUGUAAACCGUGAAUUUCCUGCUCCAUUGCCAGACCUCCCUGGCCCCUCCUCCUCUGCCCCCUCCCUUCCUCCUCCUCCUGCAGGCCCUGGAAGUCUGGCCCUAAACGGGGAGAUUGAAUGCCUGGUGUCUCAAGGCUACUCCAUCCAGGACAUCCAGAAAGCUCUGAUGAUCGCCCAGAACAACCUGGAGACAGCCAAGAACAUCCUGCGCGAGUUUGUCUCCAUCCCCUCCACGGCACACAUCGCCACAUAGUCGCGCCAGGCACGCCCAUCCUCUCUGUCUCGUCUCUGUCUCCACUCUGUGCCAUUAUCAUGGAUAGCAUUUACCAAGCACUUUCCUGCAGGGCCACAAGUACUUGCCAAAAGGCUUCACUCUGAGGAGUAAUGCUGCGUUCACGUCAUAUCACAAGAUGCAGACAAACAAGAUGACAACUAUAUCCUCUUUCUAGUCUAGUCAUUGAAAUACUCGCAUCCAAAGUCAUUUGUAACAAACAAUGUAUUACUUGCUUCAAGUGGAGUUUUAGUGUGAAAAUAUAUUAUUUUGAUAAUCCUGGACUACUGUUAUUCCAAUGCCAAGUGGUUGACAUUGAAGCCUCAAAAUCUCUCGUUUACUCGCAAUCGCCACUUGAAGAUUGAGGUUUUCAGCCCAGAAGGAGCACGAGGCUCCCUAGAGCGGAAGUAUCCAUUGGUCGGUCAGGUCAAACGUUUUGUCCAGUUUGUUUAAGGAGCAGCUCAGUAGAGGCAGACAAGUCCGAUAUGACCUGAACGCAGCAAACAUGGAUAAUGGAAGCCUUUUAAUGUGAGCUCUCUGUAGCUAAGCUUUGACCCUGUUGUACUUUGCUGAGGUCCACUCGUGCUGUGUUUCCCCUCAGUCUGAGUACAUUCUCUCAUUAAGCUAAGUGUUUUUGAUCAGUAGAGGGACCCUGCGAAUCGUUGUUUUUGACUUGGUGUCCCACUGCUGGCAGCCAUUCACUCUGGUGCUUUACGGGCUUCUUGGCAAAUUGUGGCGUACGAAUAUGUAGCGACGCGAGUUUGGUCGGAAAUUAGUGAUUAACUCUGUGGUGUGUGUGUGCUCAUGCUGAUGAAUGUGAAUGUUCAGUCGCAGUGCAGUAUUGCAGGGCUUCAUGUCGUACGCGUCACUGUGGCUCGCUCUAUUUUGAUGGUAUUUGACAAGUCGAACGUGACUCCAUAUUUCCUCUCAGCUCCCGGUUCAAUGAUGGUUCUAUAAUGAAAUAACAAGUUUAAUGUUUAAGUACUCCAUAAGGUGUUGUGCUGUGUAUAGUACUAACAAUGGCUGAAUUUUAGGAAGUUUAUUUUGUCAUUUAAUUCCAUGAUUGCCUGCCGCCAAUACAGGUGGUCUGACACUGAAGGCUGGUUUAUUUACUCAGAAGCUUCUGUAUACUCUUGUAGUCUCUUACUAAAAUGCGAAAGGACUUUUAACAUGCUUAGCUCAGCAUCACAUUUGUACCCAGAACAGCUUCAGAGGGUUCACUGAGAAAUCAGAUUGAAGGGAUUUACAUUGAGCUCUAAAGGAAAACACUGAAGGUUGUCAUGUGGACUCAGGUACUCAAUUAUAAGCCAGGGUUGAAUGUAAUAAAUGAACAGAUGCUAAAGGACACGUAGGGAUGACAAUAUAAUGUUGACAGUGUUGUGGACGAACACUAACUCACGACUCACUCUUACCGAAACAUUCCAAGAAUUGGAUUUUCUUUCUUAUUGUACCUUACCUGCAUUAGAUUUACAUACAACCACUAUAUUUAAUAUUUUAAAAGUCAGUUUUGCUUCCCCAGGCCCAUUCACUUCCUCAGAUUUUAAACUCUGAAGAUGUCUAAUUUGGUUACAAUAAUCCACCUAUCACACAUCACAGUCCUGGAUGGCAAUCUCUUACAACUCUAACAUUUCAGUCACUCAGCAGUUCAUAAAUUAGUUGCAGGAUGAAUGUUGAAAAUACCAAGUCACCGGCUGGUAUGCAACCUUCUAAGCAACUUAUAAGAUAUUAGAGCUGAAAUGAUUAAAUCGAUUAGUUGGUCGACAGAAAAUUAAUCUGCAACUAUUUUGAUAAUCGAUUAAUCGUUUAAGUCAGUGAAAAUAAACUACUGCUAUACUAAAUAGUCCUCUAAAGUUGUGGAUUUCACUCAGGUUUUUAGAUUUCUUUCCAGUGGACCAAUAAGAAGCAGCUGUCACUCCCAGUCACCACACCUUUACUUUUAUGGUACGUCACCCUAUCAGUGGCAUUUUGAUGUCAUAGCUAUAUGAUGCCUGUAUAUUAACCCAACCACAGGAUCGUGGGCACAUUUAGAGCAAAGAUGAAAAAGAUGUCUUGAGUCAUCAAAGCAGGGAGUCUAAUCUGAGUCCAGGACUACAUCAGUCCAGAAUACAAAUCCAUUGUGAGAGAAGCUCCAUCCACUGUAAGAUGGCUGUUCCAUAUUAAUGCGCACAUUUAGGAACACUGCCAGAAACAAGACAGGACCGAGUGUAUCAUUUCCGUUUUGACAUAUAAACAGGAAAAUAUGUCAGAAGUGUCCCCUUUAACCAUGAGUGCAAUUUCUCCUUUUUCCUUUCCAAAAUAGAUCCUCAAUCGUCACUUUUGAUUUCGGCAGUAACAUGUCAGUGUGCCUUCUGUCCUUCACAACCUGCACAGGCCAGCAGACAAACCAAGACACAGAUCCUCCACGUUUACUGCUUAAAUGAAAUGGAAAGCUACACAGUUUCUGUUUUUAAUUCGAACUCCCUUUUCUGACAAUGUUUAUCUCAGAUAUUCACUUUCAAUAACAUUAUAUCAAGAGUUUGGAGUUGGUUCUCCACAUGGGGUCGUUUGAUAUGCAGACAGCGUCACAAGAGAUUUAGAGCCCAAUCAGCCGGAAUCGCUAUUUGAGAGUUAAAUAAAUACAAAUGUUAUGGACAUUUUUGAUAAGGUCCCAUAAAUUUGAAUGAUAAAGAUUUGUGACCAAGAUAUGUACUAAUCUGAACAUGUUACAGUUGAAAAAUAAACGUAUUAAUGCUCCCUGGUGGACAAACUAUGUAAUGGAAACACUGUUUCUAAAUCUCUUAAAAUAGAUCGUUUUUAUGGUUGUACACUGCAUUCACAAAAGGGGAAAAAAAGCAGACCUUUUCCUGCAAGUAUGAUUUACUUUUUUUAAAAAUUCCAUUAUGAGGUACUAUUUACUAAUUCUAAUAUAUAUACCAUUUCACAAUAACAAACCGUCUGCAAUUUUUUUUAAAUUGAGUGAAUGUAAUGUGCAACCGUAAUGACUUAUACGUUGAUACUAGGGGUGGGUGGUUCGAUCCCCAAAGCAUUGAUACUACCGACACAAAGUCUUGUUUUGAGUAUCGAUACUAGCGUCAAUAGGGUCGAUGACGAUUAACACUCUUCUUAGUGCUGCAACAUUUGCAUCUCUGCUGCUGUUGUGUGCAGUGAUCACCUCUUUAGUUCAGAGAAUUAAAAUAAUGAACAUUUAUUUGCCAUUAAAAACUGCCUUGUGUUUAAACAUGCAUGUGAUUAAGUCAUUAACAGAGAAUAGUAAAAAGGAAUUGCUCAUGUUUGGCGGCACUUAAAAUAUAUUCAGAAGUAGACUAUUAAUAAUACAUGAUAGUACAUUAGUUGCUUUUAACAAUAAAAUGUUUUCUGUAUUGAUGUCGGUGAUGGCCCUGGUAUUAAUUAGUAUCUGAUCGAAACCAAAUGUUUGUGGUAUCACCACCCACUCCUCAUUGACACUGGUACAUUUGUCAGGCUGUGAUAAUACAGGUUUUAAUUUGAUAUAUUUUGAAACAUGUUGACAUGUCUGUAGAAUCCAUUCGGUGCUGUCUAUGUGCUCAUGAAAACAGAAGUAUUACUUAAUGCAGUGGUUCUCAAACUGGGGGGGGCUUAGAGCAACUCCAAGGGAACGUGGAUGACCAGGGGAAAUAUAUGGAGUGAACUAAGUUAAAUGAACCUGAUUUAUGUAGGGAAACAAAAAAAAUAAAAAAUAAAAUAAAGUUUGCUGAUGCUGACGUGAAUAAUUUAUUUCAGUCAAAUUCAACUUAUUGUACAAAAUUGUUAAUGAUUGAUAAGAACUCAAUCUCAAUCUGUUUACGUGGUGGUGGGGGGGUGCAUGAACUUAUUUCGGCUUCUUUCUGCAUGACAGAAAAAGUUUGAGAACCACUGGCCUAUUGUGAUUAAAGUAGUAAGGAAACAUACUGUACGUUGAUGGAAAAGCAGUAAAAUGAGCAAAAACUCAGAUCAUGCUGGAAUUGUCCUAGUUUACAUUGAUCAUGUCCCUGCUGAAAUCUUGCAGCUUUAAUUGCCCCAAACCAAAAGUGUUGAAAAGCAGCAUGUUGCCCCUCAGCUCAUGUUGAUUUACAGAGAAUGUGUCAUCAGUCCCUUGGCUUUGUGUUUGAAUGCUCUAACAGGGACUAACUCUUGACCAUGAAAGUGCUGCUGUGUGAGGAUGCACUUGAGGCUGACAGUCAUGUUGAAUCACUGCCAGAGGCCCUGCUGUCUCACACACUCACACUCACUUUCCCUCAGAAUCACUGGUAAACUCAGUUGUUGUUUAUUCAGAUCCACUGGUUAAUAAUCUGUGUGGCAUAAUCAUGGUAUAACUAGCCUUUUCAACAAGAACUUGCCUACUAAAAAGUUGUCUUCAUUGCUUUGUUAUUGCUUGUGUAAAUAUGAUUUUAUUUAUUGUCUUUUUAAUAUCCUCAGCAUUUGUUGUGUUGCCAUGUUUUCAUGCCUAAGCCAUUAAGAUUUUUAAUUAAACAGUAUUUUCUUUAA